GACCUCGGACAUCCACUACCUCCUGCUCGUGCACCUUCACCUGAAAGAGACUGCUUAGUUUUGGACGAGAAUAAUAUUCAACAUGUCUUUCCUAACGCUUGCACCACGAACAACACCGUCCGGAUACUUGCUACCGUCCAUCCACUCGGCGGCGCCGUUGUUCACACAGCAGCCAAACCCGAACACGCAGGCUGUCGUGACCGAGCAUUGGACGAAGCUCAUCUUAUCGUACGCACGGCACCGGAGGUUGUUCAUACUGCGGGUCGAGGACGCCGAGGCCGCGGGGAAUGACUGGGAUGAGAUCUUAAGGAAUGAGCAGAUCAACAGGCGGCUGCUGCCGAGCCACCUCGUGUAUAUCAUGGCGGACAUGGUAGCGAAGAACAGGGCAGUGUACGAGCCUGCGCGGCAGACCCGGUCUGUGCUUCUGUACUGGAGAACACCAGAGGAGUGGGCGGAGGCUCUGCACGGUUGGGCGGACUCCACCGGACAGCUGAACAUGAUCCUUACCUUCUACGACAUUAUCGAGCCCCCAGUGCCCUCACCACUCUCUGGGAUACCCAUGACGCUGCUCCGCAAGGCGAUAACUGUUCUAGCGAAGACAAGUCGAGCGCAGAUAAUCUGGGUCGCCGAUGGUGAAGGUGUGCGGUUCCUUGCCGGGAAUACCAACAAGUAAAUUCGGUAGCGACUGUUUCAAGCGAGUGUUAAUACGAGAGCAACUAAACGACACUCCUCUGUAUCAAAUAUAAUUGGAUAAUGGGAUCACAUCACUAUUGACGGUAGAGGCAAGUGCAUGUAAGCAAGCGUAGCGACAUUCAGGUACAUUCUUCUCCCAUACAGCGCGUAGAG